UCCGAGCCUCGCUGCACAUCGCCCAUCCUUCCGUCCUCUCUCUGCGCACCAUGACCUCCUGCAGUCGCCAGUACUCCUCUUCCAGCUCCAUGAAGGGAUCUUGUGGCCUUGGGGGCGGCUCCAGCCGCGUCUCCUCCGUCCUGGCCGGCGGGUCCUGCCGGGCCCCCAGCGCCUACGGGGGCUCUGGCUUCGGCGGGAUGUCGGUGACCUCAUCCCGCUUCUCCUCCGGGGGUGCCUGUGGAGUCGGAGGCGGCUACGGCAGCGGCUUUGGUGGCGGCAGCUUUGGUGGGGGCCUGGGUAGUGGCUUCGGCGGAGGCCUGGGUGGCGGCUUUGGCGGGGGCCUGGGUGGCGGCUUCGGCGGGGGCUAUGGCGGGGGCUUCGGUGGGGGUCUCGGCGGCGGCUUCGGCGGUGGUGAUGGACUCCUGGCCGGCGGAGAGAAGGUGACCAUGCAGAACCUGAACGACCGGCUGGCGUCGUACCUGGACAAGGUGCGCGCCCUGGAGGAGGCCAACUCCGACCUGGAGAUCAAGAUCCGUGAUUGGUACCAGAAGCAGAGGCCCACCGAGGCCCGGGACUACAGCCCCUACUACAAAACCAUCGAGGAUCUGAGAAACAAGAUCCUCACGGCCACCGUGGACAACGCCAGCGUCCUCUUGCAGAUUGACAAUGCCCGUUUGGCUGCCGAUGACUUCCGCACCAAGUACGAGACGGAGCUGAAUCUGCGCAUGAGCGUGGAGGCCGACAUCAAUGGGCUGCGCCGCGUCCUGGACGAGCUGACCCUGGCUCGGGCCGACCUGGAGAUGCAGAUCGAGAGCCUGAAGGAAGAACUGGCCUACCUCCGCAAGAACCACGAGGAGGAGAUGAACGCCCUGAGGGGCCAGGUGGGCGGAGACGUCAACGUGGAGAUGGACGCUGCUCCCGGUGUGGACCUGAGCCGUGUCCUGUCCGAGAUGAGAGACCAGUAUGAGAAGAUGGCAGAGAAGAACCGCAAGGACGCAGAAGACUGGUUCUUCAGCAAGACUGAGGAGCUGAACCGCGAAGUGGCCUCCAACAGCGAGCUGGUCCAGAGCAGCAAGACCGAAAUCUCGGAGCUGCGACGCACCAUGCAAAACCUGGAGAUCGAGCUCCAGUCUCAGCUCAGCAUGAAAGCCUCUCUGGAGGGCAGCCUGGAAGAGACCAAAGGGCGCUACUGCAUGCAGCUCUCGCAGAUCCAGGGCCUGAUCAGUAACGUGGAAGAGCAGCUGGCCCAGCUGCGCUGUGAGAUGGAACAGCAGAACCAGGAAUACAAGAUCCUGCUGGACGUCAAGACCCGGCUGGAGCAGGAGAUCGCCACUUACCGCCGCCUGCUGGAGGGCGAGGAUGCCCACCUCUCCUCUCAGCACACAUCUAGCUCCCAGUACACGUCCGGCCCCCAGUCCACCCGUGACGUCACCUCCACCAGCCGCCAGGUGCGCACCAUCGUCAAGGACGUGCACGACGGCAAGGUGGUGUCCAGCCACGAGCAGGUGCUCCGUACCAAGAACUAAGCCGUCCGCCUCAGGGGGAUCCUCCUGCAGCCCAGGCCAGAGGAGCCUUGCCUCCCCAGCCCCCAACCCACGCUGCACCACCAGCCCAAGUUGUGCACUCCUCAUUCCUCCUCUCCUGCUUCCCUACUCCCCCUUGCUCCUUGGGGGGAUCCUGGGUCAAUAAAGCUUCUUCAUGGACAAGCA